GUCGCCGCGCCCCGCCCCGCCCGCGCGUCCGUCGCCGCAAGUCCCCCGCCGGCGGCCACCAUGAGCACAGGACUGCGAUACAAGAGCAAGCUGGCGACCCCAGAAGACAAGCAGGGGCUGCCACCUUUGUCUCCUCAUCUGAGCCAAGGAGGGAGGAGAUAGGGCCAUGGGCUGCAGCAAAGGAUCCCAGGUUUGCCCCUGACCUGCCCCACCCUGCUCCCAGGAUAUCGACAAGCAGUACGUGGGCUUCGCCACACUGCCCAACCAGGUGCACCGCAAGUCAGUGAAGAAGGGCUUCGACUUCACUCUCAUGGUGGCUGGUGAGUCAGGCUUGGGAAAGUCCACACUAGUCCAUAGCCUCUUCCUGACCGACCUGUACAAGGACCGGAAGCUGCUGAGUGCAGAGGAACGUAUCAACCAAACAGUAGAGAUCCUGAAGCACACUGUAGACAUUGAGGAGAAAGGGGUCAAGUUGAAACUCACCAUUGUGGACACGCCAGGCUUCGGGGAUGCUGUGAACAACUCUGAAUGCUGGAAGCCUAUCACUGACUAUGUGGACCAACAGUUUGAGCAGUAUUUCCGCGAUGAGAGUGGCCUCAACCGCAAGAACAUCCAAGACAAUAGGGUGCACUGCUGCCUGUACUUCAUCUCCCCCUUUGGGCAUGGGCUGCGCCCAGUGGAUGUGGGCUUUAUGAAGGCUCUGCAUGAGAAGGUGAACAUUGUGCCCCUCAUAGCUAAAGCUGACUGCCUGGUUCCCAGCGAGAUUCGGAAGCUGAAGGAGCGGAUCCGGGAGGAGAUUGACAAGUUUGGGAUCCAUGUGUACCAGUUUCCAGAAUGUGACUCUGAUGAAGAUGAGGACUUCAAGCAGCAGGACCGGGAACUGAAGGAGAGCGCGCCUUUCGCAGUUAUUGGUAGCAACACCGUGGUGGAAGCCAAGGGACAGCGGGUCCGGGGUCGACUUUACCCCUGGGGAAUCGUGGAGGUGGAAAAUCAGGCACACUGCGACUUUGUGAAGCUGCGAAACAUGCUCAUCCGCACUCACAUGCAUGACCUCAAAGACGUGACAUGCGACGUACACUAUGAGAACUACCGUGCGCACUGCAUCCAGCAGAUGACCAGUAAGCUGACACAAGACAGUCGCAUGGAGAGCCCCAUCCCAAUCCUCCCGCUGCCCACCCCUGAUGUGGAGACUGAGAAGCUCAUCAGGAUGAAGGAUGAGGAGCUGAGGCGCAUGCAGGAGAUGCUGCAGAAGAUGAAACAGCAAAUGCAAGACCAGUGACGCCUGGCCCACCCACGUGGCCACGAGUUGAAUACCCAUCUCCGGGUUGGCCCUCCUCCCCCCGGACCCCAGACUGGCCUGGACCCCACCCUAAACCCAGUGGCUCUGACUGGACUGUUCCCAACCUAGAGCCAGGAAACCACAGCCCCCGGAUGAUCUUAAUUUAUUCAGAAUCCACCCUUCCAGGUCCUAUUUGUAUCUGCUUCCAAGGGGCCUGGCCCACAACCCCUCCCCAGCCAGCUCCCUCUGGCCUUUGAGGGUGCAAGAGCUAAUGGGUACAGCUUCCAAGAUCUCCCUCCCCAGGUGACAGCUCCAGCAGGCCAAUAAACCAAGGAAGGGAGGUGCCAUGCCAGGGUUACUGGCCUAGUCACUCACCCAGUACCGCCGAGCGGACUUGGGAGCCCUCCUUCUGCCGGUUCCUAUUGUGUAUACUGUAUACUUACACCCUACUCUGUGCCUAGAUGGGCCAGAUUCUCCCCUGCCCCUCACCCACACAGUUUGGAACAAAAGCGGGCAGAGUUGGGUGGCUAAGGCCUUUGAGAAGCCCCCAGAUCUGGAGGCUGCUUGGAUGAGGGCGGAGCCAGAAUGUGACUGCCCAUGCCCCUAACCCACACUUUGGGCUGAUCUUCAGGGUUCCAGGGGCGGGUGAGGAAGGGCAACCCUAUGCUUAGACAGUCUUAAUCUGCCUAUUGCUAGACAUCCUCUCUUCCCAGGAGCACUGUCGCGCUGGGAUCCCAGCCCUUGACCUUUUCCAUCUCUCCAUCCACAAGAUCCCACCCCACACACUCCCAUGCUCCGUUUUGUUCAGUUGCGAAUGCCUAGUCCUGUCCUGGUGACAGGAGAACAAUGUUGGUGAACGUU